UAAAAAACAAUAAAACUUCGAUGCUUUAAGUUCGUUAUUUUAAAAAUCUACCAAUUGCAAACGCAAAUAAAAGCAUAAUAAAACCGUCCUUUAACAUGGUGUAAAGUUCUCUUGUGUAAAGUAUUAACUGUGUCAUAAUUUGGAUCCAAAAUGAUAUUUUUGAAACCCCUCUGGGUGAAUCAUGGAGACAGUAAACCCAUAUUCUCGGUCGAUAUUCAUCCUCAAGGUGGUAGAUUCGCCACUGGUGGCCAAGGUGUAUCCGGUGGUAAAAUUGUUAUUUGGAACUUGAAUCCUGUGAUUGAUGGGCGGGAAGAAGAGAAUGCACAAGUACACAAAAUGCUGUGUCAAAUGGAUAAUCAUUUAGCAUGCGUAAAUGUGGUGAGAUGGAGCAACUCAGGUCAUUUGUUGGCCUCAGGGGGCGACGACAAACUGGUGAUGAUCUGGCGGCUAACGAACGAAGGCAGUUCAUCAGUUUUUGGCAGCAGACAAGUCAAUGUGGAAACAUGGAAAUGUGUGCACACUCUCAAUUCGCACAACGGUGAUGUACUUGAUUUAGCAUGGGCACCCCACGACGGUUGGCUCGCAUCGAGCAGCGUGGAUAACAGCGUCAUUAUAUGGAACGCCCACAAGUUUCCUGAAAAAGUUGCUGUGCUCAAAAGCCACACAGGAAUGGUUAAGGGUGUAACUUGGGAUCCAGUUGGAAAAUACCUAGCUAGCCAAUCUGAUGAUAAAACGUUAAGGAUUUGGCGCACGUCCGACUGGGUGCAGGAGGAGUUAGUGACUGAUCCAUUUGUCGAGUGUUCAGCGACGACUCACGUACUUCGAUUGUCCUGGUCUCCGGACGGCCAAUAUUUAGUGUCUGCACACGCGAUGAACGGCGGAGGACCGACUGCUCAAAUCAUCGAACGCGAAGGAUGGCGACAAGACAAAGAUUUUGUGGGACACCGAAAAGCCGUCACGUGUGUUAGGUUCAAUUCGAAUAUUCUAAAGAAGAAAAUAGCUAAAGGCAGCCCCAAAACGCAGCAGUACUGCUGCUGCGCCAUAGGUUCCAGAGACAGGUCGAUAAGCGUGUGGCUAACCUCCUUAAAACGACCACUGGUGGUUAUAAAAGACUUGUUCGACGACAGCGUCCUGGACAUAUCAUGGAGCAGUAACGGGCUCUUUUUACUCGCCUGUUCGUGGGAUGGAACGGUCGCCUGCAUAGUUUUCAGCCACGACGAGCUGGGCAUGCCCUUAACCAUGGAUGAAAAGAACGUUUUGUACGAAAAAAUGUACCAUAAAUCGUUGCAACGCAACUGGAAUCUUAGUUUCGUCGGCACUCAAAUCGCUGAAAAUCCCGAACUUUUGAGUGCGAUGGAGGAGAUCAACGAGAAGAAUGCGGCAAAGCCACAGCCGGAAAUACCCGAGACGAAUUUGAAUAUAAGCCACAACACAACCUUUGAGACACCGCAGGUUAAUCAAAGCGUGCUGGUGCCUGUCAACAAACAAGUUGAGACUAGGCUGCCUUCUGGAAAGAGGAGGAUCACACCCAUGUUCUUGACCUCUGUGCCGAAUAACUCGACCUCAGUUCCUCCCGCCGCCAACAGUGACGGUGAUGUUACGUUCAGCAACGACAGCAACGCUUUCAGCAAGUCGUCGCCGGUGAAGAGUCAAAUCGUAAUUGAAACAGUUAAAGAACAAGUUAAACCACGUCUAAAGAUGGACACAAACUUUCGCAAGGACGUGCAAAAAGUCGCGAUGAACGCACCAGCACCUCAGAUAACACAACUGAUGUGUUCUGAAGUGCCUGGUGAUGAACCUAUUGUUAAACUUAUUAGUAUAUUGGAUCCUUUAAAAAUGCCACCAGGCACAACUGCCACAAAAGACGUUGGCGUAUUAAAAAUACAAGUUACAAACAAAUGCAUCAAAACACAUACUGGCUUUCUGACAAGAAUAGAAGUCUAUAAAAAAUCGGACGAAAAACAACCAUUAUGGGAAACAUACUUAGGUAGUACAAUAAGAUGUAUAGCUGCCAAUCAGACAAGGUUGAUAGCGUGUUGCGAAGAUCUCUCAAUAAAUUGUUACAAUCUGCAAAAUGGUUCAAGAAUGCUCCCGCCUUUGUUGGUUGAAGACAUGGUUUCAUCAAUUAGCUUAUCUCAAACCAAUUAUUGUUUAAUUCUUACGAAGACGGGCCUUAUGCACAUGUGGGACUUGUCAAACUGUAAGAGCAUUCUAAAUCGGAUAUCGGUUAGAAGUUUGCUAACACCCAAAGCGACAAUUUGUGGAUGCAGUUUAAAUAGUCACAACAAACCCGUUAUUACUUUGAGUGACGGAAAGGUGUAUUCAUUUUGUACGGAUUUACACACUUGGGUCCUCUUAUCAAAUCCACUGGAUCCGAUAAGCGCGACUGGUGGAGCGAUGACCAGAGGUGUCCAGUCAAAUUUACCACUAGCCUCACUGCAACGAGCAAUGCCCUCUUACAGAAUAAACGAUUCGUUGCCCCCAGGCGUAUCGCUCAGCUUUUUGGAAACUCAAAUCACUGCCACCAUUGUGUUACAAUCUAGUUCAGAGUAUCGCCAUUGGCUCUUUGCCGCUGUUAAUCAUUUGUUAGACAAAGGGCCCGAAUGUCGAUUACGUACGAUUUUAGAUGAUCUUAUGGGACCAACACACUCUUCAAGUAAAAAACGAAAAUUGGAUAGUGAUGGUGAUAGAGUCUUGGGACUGAAUAAAAAAAAUCUUUUAACGGAAAUUUUGGAAAUAAUAAAAACAAAACUGCCAUGGCAAAGACUUUACAAGGAAUAUAGUGAACAACUUAAACUACUAGAUUAAUUUCCUUUUGUAUUUGUGUGUAAUUUAUUUAUUUUACAUUAAUAUAUUUUAUAAGAUGA